AUGCAAGCUUUGAGAAAUUUCUUGAGAAACCCAACAAUUUCUAUCGCAGAAACAUACAAAACCAAUGGAGAAAUCAACCAAAUUCACUCACAAUUGCUAGUCAAUGGUUUCCUCAACGACCCAGAUCUUGUAUCUAAAUUUGCUGCAUCAAUCGCCCUCAAACACCCACAAAAUAUCGAUUAUUCUGUUCAACUAUUAGACCAAUGUGAAAAUCCCUCAGUCUUUGCUUUAAACUCUCUAAUCAGAGUUUACUCCAAGAGCUCAACUCCUGAAAAAAGCUUCGAUUUUUAUAAAAGAAUUGUAAAAUCGAAUCAUAAACCUGAUAAUUACACGUUUACGUUCUUGAUCAAGUCUGCUGCGCAGUUCGUGGAUAAGAAUUUGGGUUUGGCUGUACAUGGGACUGCUUUGAAAUACGCAUUGGAUCAAGACCCACAUGUUCAAAGCGGGUUGAUUAAUUUGUACGCUGAAAUGGGGUCUCUUAGGGACUUAAAAGAUUUGUUUUUUAACAUCCACAACCCAGAUUUGGUAACUCAGACAACAAUGGUGGUUGCCUGUGCAAGAUUAGGAGAUAUCAAAUUCGCACGCCAACUGUUUGAUAAAAUGCCCGACCGAGAUGUGAUUGCCUGGAACGCAAUGAUAGCUGGGUACGUGCGUUUCGGGGAGCCUUUAAACGGAAUCGAACUGUUUAACACAAUGGAAAUGAAAGGUUUGAAGGUUAAUGAAGCCACAAUGGUUUCCGUGUUAUCUGCUUGUACUCAAUUAAGUGCUUUAGAUGCGGGACAACGGGCACAUAGAUAUAUAAAGUAUAAAAAACUACAAAUCAACACAACUCUUGGUAGUGCACUAGUCAAUAUGUACGCAAAGUGUGGGGAUAUUAACACGGCAAUGAAUGUUUUUGGGGGGAUGAAAGAAAAGAAUGUGUACACAUGGAGUGGUGCCAUGGGAGGACUAGCGAUGCAUGGUUAUGGCAAAGAGUGUCUUGACCUUUUUACCCUUAUGCAACAAGAAAACAUCACACCAAAUGAGGUCACUUUCACUUCAAUCUUAAAGGCUUGUAGUGUAGCGGGUCUUGUUGGAGAAGGCUGCAAGCAUUUUGAAUCUAUGACCAAAGAGUAUGGGAUCGUGCCAAAACUUGAGCAUUAUGGAUGUAUGGUUGAUUUAUACGGCCGAUUGGGGCGUUUGGAUGAAGCGUUACGCUUCAUCCAGAGUAUGCCCUGUGUACCCCAUGCUGAAGCAUGGGGUGCACUGCUUAAUGCUUGCAAGAUUUAUAAAAAUGUGGAAAUGGCUAAACUUGCAUCUAGAAAGAUGGUGGAACUAGAGGCUAAGAAUGAUGGCGCGUACGUGGAGUUGUCGAAUGUUUAUGCGGAUUUCAAGAAUUGGGAUGGUGUUGAUGGUGUGAGGCAUAAAAUGAAGUCAAAAGGUGUUGUGAAGAUCCCCGGUGUUAGCGUUAUCGAUAGUAGUUAG